AUGCAUUUUAAUGGGUUAAAAAUUUUUUAUAAAAUUUCGUAUUUAAAUAUGAGAGCGUUAAAAGAAGAUGAAUUGAAGAAAGUUGAAAUGAAAGUUAAAAGUUUUAUAGGUGAUAACAUUGAAAAAGUCUUUGAAGAUAAAUUAUUAAAAUACAACAACCAGAAAGUAUAUUUAGCCAGUGAACAACUAUUUAAACAGGCCUCGCAAUUCUCAAGGGAUGAAUUACAGUCAGUUGGCACCAUACUUGGAAGAUUUACUAAAACAGGAAACUUUAGAAUAAAAAUUACCGGUUUAAGAGUCAUUGAAAAAUACGCUUUAAACAAAGUUUGGUUGAAUAAAACAGCAGAAAUGAACUUUUUGUAUGGACAUAAUGCUAUCAAAGCACAUAUUUAUAAAAUGUCUGAAUCUAUCCCAAUGAAUGCAGGUGUGAUUGUUUAUAAUCAAGAUAGUUUGUUACUUGGUUUUGGUAUAACAGCGGUUUCACCAACUUCUUUCCAAAGAGCAAGAAGUGGUGAUAAAAUUAUCUUAACUCAGGCUGAUAACGGAGAGUAUAUCAGAAAUGAGUCUAAUUUAACAUAA